CUCGUGAAGGUUUGCUGACUGAUUUAGAUAUUAGGGAAGAAGUUGACACUUUUAUGUUUGCGGGCCAUGAUACUACAUCGAUGACUAUAUGCUACAUUUUGACACUAUUAGCUGAGCAUAAAGACAUUCAGGAAUGUGUUAGGAACGAAAUCGAUGCUGCUAUGCAAGAGCAUGAAGGGAAAAUUACUAUGAAAUUAUUGCAACAGUUACCAUAUUUGGAGAGAUGUAUAAAGGAAGGAAUGCGCUUGUAUCCCGUCGCAUCUUCUAUAGCACGCACUGUUGAAGAAGACGUAAAAUUACGUACGCAUUAAUUUUUUAUUGUAUUUCUUAAAUAAGAUGAGGAAACGUCAACAUAGUACAAAACAGAUCUUGGUGCUUAAUAAUAAUAUUUUUAUACUCUAAUAAUAUUUUAUACAUGUGAAUCUUAGAAUUUUCAUGCAAACUGCAUGCGCGCCGCAUCGUCGCACUACAAAUUCAAGUAUUUAAAUCUGUAGUCACUUUUUAAGCAUUUAUACGCGUGCUAUAUUUUUACAUAUUUUAUCUAUGUUUUACACAGU